GCAACCCGCGGUCACUUUUUUCUUCUUCACAGUUUGUUAUGAUAUCCAUGUUCACACACAGUUCACAACCGUUUACAGCUGCUUUAAUGUUUUGGAUUCACUUGAAAAUUACAGAACCAUGGACAGCUACAUUGGUACGGUGACUGCGAGACGCUUUCAUUGGAUCAGUGCUGUACCCAACUGAGCUUUGUGAAAGAUUAAACCACGGAUCAAACUGUAAACCUCUGAGCCAUAUGAGGGAUACAUGACCGCCUGUCAGUCUGAUCUGUUGACUGAACCUGAGGGCUGGUGGCUGGUGUCUGCUGGAGCUCUUGACCUCAGGCUUUCCGAGGCUGACGGAUCACACGCGCGCGCUGGUUCACAUCAUGAAGAGCUCACUGCGCAAGUUUAAGGCACGAGCUGAGAUGCAGAAGAAACUCUCUCCUUUCAAGUUUUUCGCAAUUUUCGCGAGCCCGGUGAUACUGUGCUUAUUUCCAAACCAAACUACAAAUGGGAAAAACGCACUACCCAUUGAGAAAACAGGUAUCAUCACAACUACCAACAGUAUAAGAAAGUGCCAUUGGGACACUUAGGUGAAAACGUACUGUAGCCUAUAUCAUCUGAUCACCGCUUCCUGUGAUAUCGGAUAGGUAGACACUGUUAAGGUCGCGCGCAUCUAUCGAUUUAAAACAGCCGCGUCCUAAGUCAUGCUCUUGAAUAAGACUCACUCAUCCCCAAAUAUCCUCAUUACCUCUAUGGCAAUAAAUAACUUAUGUUAAAUGUACAGUAUUGAUGUGUACUUAUGAAUUAUCGUCUGGUUUCCUAGCUCAGUAGGAGCGUUAGCAGCACCAAAUGUCGUGUUUUCGAUUCCAUAUGUGUUUAUCUUAAAUUGCACUGUGAGUAAAGCGUCUGCCAAAUGCAUAAAGGUAAUGUAAAUGCCUGCAUAAAAAGACUCGCCAGCUUCGUCAAUAAAAAGUGUCGAGUGGGUGCGUUGGUAAAGAGAGUUGUCAGAUGUAGCUGUACUGAUGGGAGAUCUCCGUCUAUUAAUUUCGAAAUGUCUGCUUCUAAUAAUAGCCUGUCGGUCCUCGCCCUGUGUGCACUCGCAAAGCGGAGCCGUUCCCGAGAGACGCACGUUUGAAUGCGCAUCUGUUUCCCAGCGCGCACAUCCCCGACCACUACCACAAACCGACUAACCUGGCAACGCGCUGUCAGUUUAUGUUGUGUAUAACUGCUCAAAGCCGAUUAUAACUCGUUUAUCUGUCGAAUAAACAAGCCGACGAUAUUUUCAUGCGGUAAGGUUUGGGUUAAUACAGUACAGUAGGUGGCUGAAGGUACAGGUACAUAAUGGAGAGGGAUAAAUGAAUCAGUGCGGUGUGUGUGCGUCAUGAAUUGGCCAGAGCUUUGGAGAAUUGAUCAGUUGCUCAUUAUUUAGCUUAGCUUGCCAACUGAUCGGAGCUGUUUCGGGUUGUGUUUCACAAACUGAUAUCCUGAGAGCCCCCACCCCACAUUCGUCCUCAACUGCCUCCUCCCCCUCUUUUUUUCACAGGGGCGCUUGACGAAGAGUAACGAGGCUAACAGACAGCUCAACACUGGGAGAAAUAAGGAAAAGAGGGAUCCGAGCGUUCUCGUGAACGGAUUGUCCUCGCUCGGGGAAGAUGAGUAGAUCGCACACGGCCCAGAGCCCCGUGAAGAAGAGCGGCUAUGGGAACCCGGAGAUGUCGCCGCUGUCCGCUCACGAUUGAUGGUUUUACUUUUUGUGCGUCCCUUCAUUGGAUUUUAUGACGGUUGGAUUGGUCCUGCACUGAGAUGCCAGUAAUGGCCCUGGCGAAAAAGAUGACACCUUACCAGUGAGCAAAAAAAAUCAAUCGAUCCUUGUGAUCUCUGCAUCCGACUUUAAACAUAUGUCGUAAAGAAGAUGGAAAAUGGAUUAACGUAGAAAAUCACAGAUCUGUCUUGUAGUGGAGAUCGCAAAUGCAUGCGAGUGAACGUGAAUGAGAGGUGACCGAGGAAGGCAGAAUAUAGCUACACCGUGCCAAAUAUUGCGGAUGUUACUAAAUAAAUAAAUAAAUCGAUUUAUAUCAUAUUUUUGCUUUUCUAAAGAGAAUGUAUCGUUGAAAACGAACUCAAAUGAUUGUUGUAAAUGUUUGCAUUAUUCUUCACUUGAGGUUGUUACACCUAGCUCGCAUAAAUGAUAUUGGCUAUGAUGAUUACAACCUGAGUUUCCAAGGAAGAUCAACUGGAGCAAGAAAGAGACAGUUCUGGAAAUAGGAGAAUGGAGCAUCAAAAACCGAGAUAUGAAUACAUUGCCAUGGAAAUAUGUCGGGCAUGAUUUUGGACAUAAAAUGAAGUAAGGAUGGACCAUUUCCUAUGUUGAAAAGGGCAACGAACCUGUGAACUACACAAUAUAAGGCACGCUUAGCCUAUUUUUAUUGGCUUGUUUUUCGCUCGUUUGCUUUUUCCUCUGCCCAAAGAAUAAGCGUCAUCUCCUGGAUCCCAAACGCCACAUGAAACCCAGGAAGACAAAUGUAUACUCCAGUUAUACACGUAUUUAGUUUUAAAGCAGAUGGGUUGUAAUGUGGUGUGGUCGCGUUGAACAUUCACCCCUCUUUCUCCUGCUUCGUGAAGACUGGCAUUUGGUGUCUAUAGAAUGGCUCGGUUCGGUGAUGAGGUGCCGUCCAGGUAUGGCGGAGGACCGGGACACGCUCAAGGGGGCCCCGGCCGCGGCGGUAGCAGGCAGGGCGGCCCGCCGGGUGCUCAGAGAGUGUACAAGCAGUCAAUGGCCCAACGAGCCAGAACUAUGGCCCUGUACAACCCUAUACCGGUGCGGCAAAACUGCUUCACUGUCAACCGAUCUCUGUUCAUCUUCAGUGAGGACAACUUUGUGAGAAAAUACGCUAAAAAGAUCACCGAAUGGCCUCCAUUUGAGUACAUGAUCCUGGCUACCAUCAUCGCUAACUGCAUCGUCCUGGCCCUGGAACAGCACCUUCCGGAUGGGGACAAGACACCUAUGUCAGAGCGCUUGGAGGACACAGAACCCUAUUUCAUCGGCAUUUUCUGUUUUGAGUCGGGCAUUAAGAUCUUGGCUCUGGGCUUUGCCUUUCACAAGGGCUCCUACCUACGAAAUGGCUGGAACGUGAUGGACUUUGUAGUGGUGCUUACUGGAAUCCUGUCCACAGUGGGCUCGGACUUCGACCUGAGGACGCUGCGUGCUGUAAGAGUGUUGAGACCUCUCAAACUGGUUUCUGGAAUUCCCAGCCUGCAGGUGGUGCUCAAAUCCAUCAUGAAGGCCAUGAUCCCUCUGCUGCAGAUUGGUCUGCUGCUCUUUUUUGCCAUCCUUAUGUUCGCAAUCAUUGGUCUUGAGUUCUACAUAGGCAAAUUCCACACCACGUGCUUUGACAUCAUCACUGAUGAAAUCCGUGAGGAGUUUCCAUGCGGGGUCGCGCCUCCCUCUCGACUCUGUCCUAAUGGAACAAUCUGUAAGACGUACUGGUUAGGACCUAACUAUGGUAUUACCCAGUUUGACAACAUCCUGUUUGCCAUCCUCACAGUCUUCCAGUGCAUCACCAUGGAGGGCUGGACCGACCUGCUAUACUAUAGCAAUGAUGCUUCAGGGAGCGCAUGGAACUGGAUGUACUUCAUCCCUCUCAUCAUCAUCGGCUCUUUCUUCAUGCUCAAUCUUGUUCUGGGUGUGCUGUCAGGAGAGUUUGCCAAAGAGAGGGAGCGUGUGGAGAACAGAAGCGAGUUUUUAAAACUCAGGCGUCAGCAGCAGAUAGAGAGAGAGCUGAAUGGAUAUCUGGAGUGGAUCUGCAAAGCAGAAGAGGUAAUUCUGGCCGAUGAAGAAAAUGACCCGGAUGACCGGAUGCCCUUUGAUGGAUCAAGGAGGAGGCCUACUAUCAAGAAAAAUAAAACAGACCUGCUUGAUGCAGAGGAUGGAGAUGGUGAUAUAGGCUCUCCGUUCGCACGUGGCAGUCUGAAGAGCUCCAAACUGGAGGGCUCCUCCUUCAGGAAAAAAGAGCGACGACUGAGAUUCUUCAUUAGGCACAUAGUUAAAACACAGGCGUUUUAUUGGAUCGUGCUGUGUCUGGUGGGACUCAACACCCUGUGCGUGGCUGUUGUGCACUACAACCAACCCGACCUGCUUUCUGACUUUCUCUACUAUGCUGAAUUCAUCUUCCUUGGGAUCUUCAUGUCAGAGAUGUGUAUUAAGAUGUAUGGGCUGGGGACCAGACCUUAUUUUCACUCCUCGUUCAACUGUUUUGACUGCAUUGUCAUUUGUGGCAGCAUUUUCGAGGUGCUCUGGUCUAUGAUCCAGCCAGGAACCUCGUUUGGGAUCAGUGUGUUGCGAGCUCUCAGGUUACUGAGGAUCUUCAAAGUGACCAAGUAUUGGGCAUCUCUUAGGAACCUGGUGGUGUCUUUGUUGAACUCCAUGAAGUCCAUCAUCAGUUUACUCUUCCUCCUCUUCCUCUUCAUCGUGGUCUUUGCUUUGCUGGGCAUGCAGCUGUUUGGAGGACAGUUUAAUUUUGAGUCUGGCACACCACCAACAAACUUUGAUACGUUUCCUGCAGCAAUAAUGACCGUGUUUCAGAUCCUGACGGGUGAAGACUGGAACAUGGUGAUGUAUGAUGGGAUUGCGUCUCAGGGUGGAGUUAAAAAGGGCAUGGUCUUCUCAGUCUUCUUCAUAGUUCUCACACUCUUCGGCAACUACACUCUUCUCAAUGUAUUCUUGGCCAUCGCCGUGGACAAUCUAGCCAAUGCACAAGAGUUGACCAAGGAUGAACAGGAGGAAGAGCAGGCAGCCAAUCAGAAAAUGGCUCUUCAAAAGGCCAAGGAAGUUGCUGAGGUCAGCCCACUGUCUGCAGCCAACCUCUCCAUUGCAGCCGUGACAGUAAACUCUGAGCGUCUCGACGCAACAGAACAGUUUCUUGACUGUAAGGAGCAACAGAAAAACAAUAAAGGUUGUAAGUCAAUAUGGGAACAGCGCACCAGUGAAUUGCGACGGCAGACUCUGGUGAACAGCAGAGAGGCUCUUUACAAUGAGCUGGACCCUGAAGAUCGCUGGAAGGUCUCGUACUCCCGCCACAUUCGUCCUGAUAUGAAGACCCACCUGGAUCGCCCGCUGGUCGUGGACCCUCAAGAGAACCGCAACAACAAUACAAACAAAACCUGUCCAGGCGAGGGCCAGCCCCAACGCUCGAAUCAGCUCUUGCACAAACAGUCAAACUUCAAUGAUGCAGAGAACGAAGGUGGAGGAUCUGGACCGUGGCCCCUGGAACGGGGAGAUUCCACAGGGUCCCGUCGCAGUCUGUUGGGCUCUGAGAACCAGGGGGACGGCCGAGGGUCCCACCGCAAGCAUCAGCACGGUGAACGCUGCAGCCAGGCCCGACAACACCGCAGAGCCCAAGAGGAGGAGGGAGAAGGCGGAGGGAGGAGACACAGAAAUAAGGGCAGGGAAAGAGGGACUGAGUGUGAACAUGCGGAUGGAGGAGAGCGUAAACACAGACGUCAUCGGCAUGAAGGCGAAGGCCGGAAAGAAAGAGGGGAGAGGGUGCGACACCGCACCAGGAAGGAAGGUCACAGCAGCGGUCCCACCCUGUCCACAACCCGCCCCAUUCAGAAGACUCUGUCCAGGCAGGACAGUCAAUACAGUGAGGACCUGGACAAUGCCAUGAACAACAACAAGCUUGCCACCCAGCAGCCCGGUAACUCCACCCCACAUGACAGUCUGCUCAAUCUGGCCAACAGUGCCCACACUGCCGGCCUGGUGCAUCCCGGCUCUGAGAGCAGCUUCAUUCCCAUCAACCCUUCCUCGAAUACUACUAUUGUUGCUAGCACUGGUAAUGUGGGCAUGAAACCUGAGUAUACUGCUUUGGACAUGCCGCCCAUGUUCCCUUCCAGUAACGCCAUCCUACAAGUUAAUAGGAACGCCAACACGGAGCCUCUGCCCAAGAAGGAAGAUACUAAGGAUGAUGAUGAUGAUGAUAAAGAUGAUGGUGGACCUAAACCCAUGCCCCCAUACACCUCAAUGUUCAUCUUAACUACAACCAACCCGUUUCGGAGGUUGUGUCACUAUAUCGUCACGCUUAGAUAUUUUGAGAUGUGUAUCCUGCUGGUCAUUGCGAUGAGCAGUAUUGCCUUGGCCGCUGAAGAUCCUGUCUGGCCUGAAUCCCCCCGAAACAAUGUCCUGCGUUAUUUUGAUUAUGUCUUCACUGGUGUGUUCACUUUUGAGAUGCUUAUUAAGAUGGUGGAUUUGGGUCUUGUUAUGCAUCAAGGCUCAUAUUUUCGUGACCUUUGGAACAUCCUGGACUUUAUAGUGGUUAGUGGUGCCCUGGUGGCGUUUGCCUUCACAGGAAGCAGCAAGGGGAAGGAUAUCAGUACUAUCAAGUCUCUGCGUGUGCUCAGAGUGUUGCGCCCUCUGAAAACCAUCAAACGUCUACCCAAGCUAAAGGCGGUUUUCGAUUGUGUAGUGAACUCUCUAAAGAAUGUGCUGAACAUCCUCAUUGUCUACAUGCUGUUCAUGUUCAUCUUCGCUGUGGUGGCGGUGCAGCUCUUUAAAGGCCGUUUCUUCUACUGUACCGAUGAAUCUAAGGAGUUUGAGCGUGACUGCAGGGGCGAAUAUCUUGUCUAUGAAAGAGAUAACGAAGUGAGGGCGCAGAAGCGGGAAUGGAAGAAGUACGAUUUCCACUACGACAAUGUGCUUUGGGCCCUUCUCACCCUCUUCACCGUAUCUACGGGAGAGGGGUGGCCGCAGGUGCUGAAACAUUCAGUGGACGCGACCUACGAGAAUCAGGGCCCGAGCCCAGGUUACCGGAUGGAAAUGUCCAUCUUUUACGUGGUGUACUUCGUGGUCUUCCCCUUCUUCUUUGUCAACAUUUUCGUGGCUCUCAUCAUUAUCACCUUCCAGGAGCAAGGAGACAAGAUGAUGGAGGACUAUAGUCUGGAAAAGAAUGAGAGAGCCUGUAUAGACUUCGCCAUCAACGCCAGGCCGCUGACACGCCAUAUGCCACAGAAUAAGCAAACCUUUCAGUAUCGCAUGUGGGAGUUUGUGGUGUCCCCUCCAUUUGAAUACACCAUCAUGGCCUUGAUUGCCCUUAACACCAUUGUCCUUAUGAUGAAGUAUGAUGGAGCAUCAGACGCCUAUAAUGCAGUGUUAGCCAACCUGAACAUAGUGUUCACCUCACUUUUUUCCAUGGAGUGCUUAUUGAAGAUCAUUGCCUUUGGAGCAAUGAAUUACUUCAAAGAUGCCUGGAACAUCUUCGACUGUGUGACUGUACUUGGCAGCAUCACUGAUAUUUUGGUGACGGAGCUCGGGAACAACUUCAUUAAUCUGAGUUUUCUGAGGCUCUUCAGAGCUGCCCGACUCAUUAAGCUUCUCAGGCAGGGUGAGACCAUACGCAUCCUGCUCUGGACCUUCGUCCAGUCCUUUAAGGCUCUGCCGUAUGUGUGCCUACUCAUCGCCAUGCUGUUCUUCAUCUAUGCCAUUAUCGGCAUGCAGCUGUUUGGAAACAUUGCAAUUGAAGAGGACGCAGAGAGUGCUAUUAACCAGCAUAACAACUUCAGGACGUUUUUCCUGGCUCUAAUGCUGCUCUUCAGGAGUGCUACAGGUGAGGCGUGGCAUGACAUCAUGCUGUCGUGUCUGGGAAAGAAGGAGUGUGAUCCACUCUCUGGUAACAGUGAGGCAGAAUGCGGGAGCGAGUUCGCCUACCUCUACUUCGUCUCAUUCAUCUUCCUCUGUUCCUUUUUGAUGCUGAAUCUGUUUGUGGCUGUGAUCAUGGAUAAUUUUGAGUACCUCACACGUGAUUCCUCCAUCUUGGGUCCUCAUCACCUGGACGAGUAUGUGAGGAUAUGGGCGGAGUAUGAUCCUGCCGCUUGCGGGCGCAUUCAUUAUAAGGAUAUGUACAGUUUAUUGCGAGUUAUCGACCCCCCUCUGGGCUUAGGCAAGAAAUGUCCUCAUAGGGUGGCCUGCAAGAGACUCUUGCGGAUGGAUCUGCCGGUUGCUGAUGACAACACAGUGCACUUUAAUUCUACCCUUAUGGCCUUAAUCCGCACCGCUCUGGACAUCAAGAUCGCCAAGGGUGGGGAAGGAGGUAUAGAUAAACACCAGAUGGAUGCUGAACUAAGGAAGGAGAUGAUGGCGAUAUGGCCCAAUCUCUCACAGAAGACUCUGGACUUACUGGUGACGCCCCACAAGGCAGCAACAGACUUGACAGUAGGAAAGAUCUACGCUGCCAUGAUGAUCAUGGAGUAUUACAGGCAAAGUAAAGCCAAAAGGACGCAGGCUCUUCACGACGAUCAGAAUCGAACGCCAUUAAUGUUUCAGCGCCUGGAACCGCCAUCUCCGGGCCAAGACAUCGGACAGGGACUCACUGGACUUCCUGACACGCAAAAUCACACCGCUAAUCAUCUGGGUGUUGAGGAAGGGAUCCCGGCGAGUCAGUCAUGGGUAACGGCACGAGCUCAGGAGAUGUCACAGAAAGCAGGCAACUGGAGUCCUGAAGGCCAAAACCCAGAUGACACAGAAGAUAACCACAGACAAUCUCAGCAGACAGUAGAGAUGAGAGAGAUGGGGCGGGACGGGUUCUCGGACACUGAGCACUAUCUGCCGAUGGAAGGCCAUGGCAGAGCUGCUUCCAUGCCUCGACUCCCAGCAGACAACCAACAGCCACGGAGGAAAGGAAGGCACCGGGGAGAUAAUCUCACUACUAUCACUGAUAACAGUCCUAUGAAGCGCUCAGCUUCAUCUCUGGGUCAUGGUCGGCAAGGUCGGUCAAUGAGAGGUGACGACUACGUAUUGGAGAGGGUCAUCCCAGAAGAGGGUCACAGACACGGGCAUCGGCAUAGAGAUCGCAGCCAUCGCGCGUCCGAGCGCUCCCUUAGCCGCUACACUGAUGCUGACACAGGUCUUGGUACAGACCUCAGCACCACCACACAGUCAGGAGACCUGUCAUCAAAGGAGAGGGACCGGGGCCGGGCCAAAGACCGGAAACACCAUCACCACCACCACCAUCACCACGGCUCUGUAGAUAAAGAGCGAUACGGAAACGAGUAUAGCCACAGACAGUCUAGAGAGGGAGACCGCCGCUGGUCUCGCUCGCCCAGUGAGGGGAGAGAGUGCCUAACUCACAGACAGGGCAGUAGUUCAGUAAGCGGGAGUCCAGUCCCCUCAACCUCUGGGACCAGCACGCCCCGACGCGGCCGGCGUCAGCUGCCCCAAACCCCUGCAACGCCCCGGCCCCAUGUCACCUAUUCCCCCGUGGUCCGUAAGCCCAACAGCACCCCCCCUCCUGGCCAACAGAACCGACUUCCCACCCCAACCUCCCGUCGGUUUUCUCCACCUGCCCCCGAACCCCCAGCCCCAACCCACCGCCACCCUUCCCCUCCACACCACGGUUCCACCCGUCACGCGCACUGGGGCCCCGACCCUUCAGAGGGCAUGGAGGGCGAUGGUUUCUAUGACGACCAAGACUACGAGUUCAAUCACCACGAGCCUCCGUCCUACGAGCAAAGCCCCGUCCAGGGCAACCCUCAUCCCCAUUCGCCCAGGACUUCCCGUCACAGUGGCCCACCCCAGGGUCAGCCACAUCCCCGGCGUAUGCCAAACGGUUACCGGUCCUCCUCUCCUUCUCCACACCACCAGGCCCCCACACACCCGGGACCUCAUAAACCUCCCCAUCCCAGAGGGCCCAGGAAGGGCCUCCAUGAACCUUACAGUGAAACUGAUGAGGAUGAUUGGUGCUAGCCUCUGGGAAGAGGGGAGUGAGGGGGCCAGAAUGGGAUCAAAUGGAUCCCUUCACAUGGAUUGCCGCCAUAUGGAGAACAGAUCUCAAAGCAAACAGGAGACUUUAUUAUCGAGUCUGAGCUGUCCAGGGAAACACUAGGCAGUGUUCUGAAUGUCCACAGGGAAAUCAAGGCAUGUUUUUUUUUAUUCUUUCUUUUUUCAAUUUCUCCACUGCCAAGUGUUUCCCUGAAAGGGAACGGACUGCUUACUUUCAAUAUGAAGACUGGGGAGGUGAAGAAAAGAAAAUCUAUGUUUUGCCGAGGAGGUGGGACGUCUGAACUUUCAGGACGUUUCAUGCAGUCCCUCCUUAAGCGAAAUGACAGGCCGUAAUGUUGUCGCUAAUCUUAGAAAUAUGAGAAGCUCUCUUAACACUCAAAAAAAAGAAGGAUCACCUUUUUAUUUUGCAGAACUUGACUGGAGAUUUGUUUAUUGCAAAAAUCAGUCCAGAGGCUGGGAAAUAUCGAUGAGUUUUAUCAUCUACUGUUAUUUAUUGUAUCCCAGUUGUGGUUGGGGAAUGGGCAGAGGUGAUCUCACCUGGACCGUUAAGAAAGCCCACCCUGCACUUCAGAACCCAAACUCAAGAAAGCCGAAUCGCUAACAAAAAAAAUCGGAGCGAAAAAUGAAUAGCUCUUCACUCUUUCUUCUUCUAUGGCUUCGUCUUCUGCUUCUCAUUGGAAACAUUGGAGUUUGAAUCUUCUGUUGCACUGCCCAGCUUUCUUUGAACUCCUAGAAAAUAAAUCCCUUGGAAAUCCUGCAUGAUUGAAAAAAAAACAAGUUAAAAAAUAUAAAUGAAGAAAUUUUUGAUAAAUAGGGGAAAGGGGGGAUAAAAUCAUUGGCUUUUUUGUCAUGUCUGUAAAGUUCUCUCUCUCUCUCCUAUCAACACCCACCCUCUCUCUCUCUAUCUCGCUCUCUGUCAUCUCUUUCUCCAAACGGUGUGCUUGCAAGUCAUUGGUAACAUACAUAGGUGUUCUUUAAUGCUUACAUUACACAUUUUGUGCACACAUUAAAUUACCAAAAAAUAACGAUGAAUUAUAUAGCACAAUUAUUUUUAAGCUAAAAUCAUUUACAUUCCUCUGUAGAUAGGUGAUUUGUUCACUUGCACAAAAACUGAUAUAGUAGCACACACUCACCUAGUAUACACACAAACCUAUACGCACAUAGCAGACAAAAGACAUCUUCGAGCACUACAAGUGUCUUCCAGGGUAUUAAUGUGGAGAGAAAGAGAGGUGGUUGGGUGAACGAGAAGAGAGAGAGAGAACCUUUCCAUGUUUAGAUAUGAUUUUUUGUUGAUAAUAACAAUGUGUGUAUAAAGAUUGUCACAUAAUUGA